CCUCCAGCACUAGGGGGCAGCAGAGAGAAUUGCACAGUACAAGUGCUGACGAAUGGCAACAAAUAUGUCUGACUGAUCUGGCUGUUAAGGUGUAAUUAAGGAUAAAUUAUGCAAAUUUGAGUGGGAUGUUCUCUUUUCAAUAAAGCUAUCAGGGAUUUUGAUGGCAGCUAAUGAUGAGAAGAAGCAAGAACUUGAAGAAGAAGCAAUGGGAUUACCUUCAAAUCUUGACUUUGGAAAAACUGUUAAGCAAAAGUCUGAUUUGUCCAAUUCUUCAAAGGUAGCACAGAGUAAAUGUUCUUCAGAAAUUGAACAAGGCAGUGUGCUUAAACCUUCAGAUCAAAUAAAGAAUGGGCUUGAGGAAUUCAGACCAGAGAAUUUGGCAGGUGGUGAAUGUGGUCAACAUGAGGAAGCUAAUACUAAUACCGUCCUUGUUGAACUUUCAGAAGGCACCACUCCUUGUCACAAGACCAAUGAAUGCAAAAGUAACUGUCAUCUUGAAGAGAAUCAACUUGAGCUUUCAAAAAAUUGUACUCUGAGUGAAACUUCAUUACCAACUACUCCAUCCUCAACAGGAAAAUCCAGAUCCAGAAAAAAUCCUGUACCUAAAAAACAUCAUAAAUCCCCUGGGCCAACAGAAAUCAAACCUGAGCAGAGUAUAGAAAAUGGUGAAAUCCAAAUGCCACCAGCCAAGGUUUAUAAGAAGAGAGGGAGAAAGUCGAAAGCAGAGUUGUUGGCCUUGCAGCUUGAACAAGGCCUCUCUGUGACACCUGAGCCUGCUAAGAAACUUUUGGAAGGCCAUAAUUCUGCAAAUGAUGUGGCUGCUAUUGAGCGGCCAAAAAGAAGAGCUGCCAAAGCUGCUUUGCAGUACCUACGCAGCCUUGCAGAAGAGUUGGGAGUUGAUAGUCAGCCUACAGCAGUGGUUCCUGAGGUGUCAAAGAGCAUCGCCUCCAGUUCAAAUGUAGAAUCUGAAACCUCCCUGAAACGAAAGAGAGCAAUAAAGAAGCAUCUUGAGGAUGAUGUGACUGACGAUGCUGAUUUUGUUCUGCCGGAUGCUGUGUCUGAUAAUGAAAAAGAAGAGGAGGAUACUGAUGAGGAAUAUGAUUUUCAAGACUCAGAUUCUGGUCCAGAAGAGAGAUGUUACAAAGUUAAAGGAUCCGCUACUAAACUAAAACUGAAGGGCACUGCUGCUAAUGGUUUGCCAAAUAAUUUGAUGGGACCUGUUUGGAACUGCUUUAACAUGACAAAGGAAUUUCGAGAACAGCACUUUGCUUCAUGGGUGUUUCCAGAAUGGAUUCCAUCAAUGAAAAACUGGAAGUUUUUAACAGAUAUGGAAGCUGUCAAAUAUUUGCCCAAAGAAAAACUAUCACCACCUUUUAUGGUGAAAAGGGAGGGACUCGAUGAUGAUACUUCGAUUCACAGAAUUAACAGAUUUCAGUCUAUGUCUCCACAUCAUGAACGCUGGGACUUUGCAUUUUUUGUUGGAGGACCAGUGUGGUCAAUGGAAUGGUGUCCAACCCCAGAUGGAUCAUCAACCUCUCAGUUUGUUGCCAUUUACUGUAACAAUGGAAUGGAUGAUAGGCACAAGCAUUAUGCCUUACAUACAGAACCAGCAUUGCUUCAGAUAUGGAAGCUGGGCAACCUUUGUCAUGAUUCUUGUCCUUCUUCCAAAGCAAGCUUUUCAUAUGGUAUUGCCCUAGAUUAUGGAUGUAUAUGGGAUAUGAAAUGGUGCCCAAGUGGAGCAUGGGAGAUUUUUGAAACUUAUAGGAAGUUUCCUCAGGUUCCUAGACUUGGACUAUUGGCUGCUGCAUUUUCAAAUGGACAAAUUGCUGUCUUCAGUCUGCCUUAUCCAGAGUCUUUGACAAACUACAAGAAAUCUCAUUAUAAAGGAUCUGGAAAUGAAGAUCAAAUGAUAUGCAAGGUCCAGUGCACAGCCCUUUUGGAAGUUGGCUCAUUUCAGGCAAACAACAAUUCUCCAUGUGGACAGUGUCUAUGUAUAGACUGGGUGCCAAUAAAAGACCAUCAAUUUGUGGGUGCUGGCUUUUUUGAUGGUACGGUUGCAUUAUGGAGCUUGACCACAAAGUCUCCAUUGCUGAAGAUAAGGACAAGUGGGGGAUCAAUUACCAUCUUUCCAUAUCACAGCUUCUUAGCACAUGAUCAUGCUGUACGAUUUUUAACUUGGUGCAAGGCCAGUAGCGAUUUUAUACUCACUGCAAGUGAGGACAGAAAGUUGAAAUUCUGGGAUCUCAGAAGAACUUACGAGCCUGCUGUGGCGGUAAAACGCAACCUCAGCACAGAGGUUUCAUGGUUGUUGCACUGGUGUGGAAUAUCUGUAGCACAGGAAAACUGCUUUGCAGCUUAUGGACUCAGUGGAAUCCACUAUGUUGAGGCUGGAUAUCUUGGUUUUAAACCAUACUUUGUUGCUCCCAGAAGAGGAACCGUAUGGAGUUUAUCUGGUUCUGACUGGCUCAAUACUUGUGCCUCUGGAGACAACACAGGAGAGUUGCUAAUGAUGGUGCUGCCUAAUAUAACAAGCAAUCCAAAUAAUGUCAAGCGUCCCUCUGAACGCAGAUUUCCAGUUUACAAGGCAGACCUUAUCGAGUAUGGCAGAUCUGACAAAGAUUCUUUAAAUGUGGAGGCAGAAGCCAACAGUGAGACAAACAGUGCUGUUCCACUUUGCCAACCACAACUAUACAAUGAAGCAAUCGAAAAAUACUGUGUUCUGUUUGAUGACACAGAUAUGAGGACCUUCAAAAAUUUCAACAGAAGAGAACCAAUGAAACGUAUGUACACAACAGAAUCAAAAGGUUCAAUUUUUGUAGACAGAAUGCCUCUUGAUUCCAUAUAUAAGGUACGCUUCAGUCCUAACAUUGAUUCCCAUAACUGGCUUCUUUCUGCAGGGCAAGCUGGACUUGUAAGAGGACACUGUCUUCUAGGAAUGAACAGUUCUGUUGUGAACAAACUUAUCCGGGAAAGCAAUGCUCAGUUUUGUGCUAUGUAUCAGUCUGAAGGAAAUGGAUUUUGUGAAAUGCCAGUAAAAUCUGUUAAACAUAGUAUAGACACCAUUAUAGAGGUACAAUAAAUGUAUAGUACAGCAUACCGAAACAAUAGUGAAACAAGAACAAAAUAAACUGGUUACCAGAAACUGAUUAAGGAGAUAAACAUCAAAGAUUUUUUUAACCUUGAACUGAUUCCUAUGUCUGCGGUGGGUUGGCACCCUGCCCGGGAUUGGUUCCUGCCUUGUGCCCUGUGUUGGCUGGGAUUGGCUCCAGCAGACCCACAUGACCCUGUGUUCGGAUUCAGCGGGUUGGAAAAUGGAUGGAUGGAUGGAUGAUUCCUAUGUAAUCCUGUUAACUUCAAAAUUUGAUAUCCUACUUCCCAGUUUAGUCAGUUUUGUAAUUUUUCUACUAGUUGUUUAAAAUCUCAUUUUUUAUAAGAGUUUCUAUAAACCAUGUCUUAGGCCAUUUUUUACUCAUAUGUGUUUUACUCAGAAGUAAUUUAUAGGUGUCUUGUCUUGAUUUAAGAAAUAUUUUUCUUCAGUUUAACCAAACAUGUCUUCACAUGAAAUAUUUAUUUUUCUUUUUUCUGUUCAUUUAGCCAAGUAUACAGAGCAUAUAUUUGAAAGGAUUCAAAAAUCUAUGUAAUUAUUUUAACAAAAAUGAUUAUUUUAUCCUUUGAAAUAAUGUGUUGUAUGCCACUUUUAGUAAUACAUUUUAAAUUAAUGUGGAAAAUGAGUUGCUGGAAAUAAUAGGUAUAAAAUAUGUUUCUUGAACAUAUACAUAAAAUCACCCUAUCUUUGAUUAUUAUUUUCAUUUAUAUCCAUUAAUUAAUGAAGGUUUAUUUGAGUAAAAAAAAUCCUGAUCACUGGGAUAUCAAAGCAUGUUAACUACACUGAGGCCUUCACCAUAAAACUGCUGUAUGCAUGUUACUUUGCAAGGUAUUAAACAUACAAUGCUUUUGAUUUUUGUCAAUGAUGUAAAUAAACAGUGCUGUGCUUUUUUGUAAUAAUAGGAUGUUUAUAUUGUAUCUAAUAAGCAACACAGCACUUUUAAAAUUUGGCAAAAAGUAAUUAUAUGUUGUAAGCCCAUCAAAAAACUCCAGGCUCUUUGGAUAUUUUGCAAAGCCUUAUAUAUCACUUUUUAUAACAUGGUAUUCCUUGAACAGUAUUUUAUUUAUUGAUCUUUUAUUUAUUUAUACAUAAUUAGUUGGUAGUUUUCUUAUUUUGUUAGAAAGUGUAAAUCAUGUCUUCCUAGUUAAUGAGAUAAUAAAGCAAUGUAUUGUCAUGUGUUUUAAGCAAACUCAGGUGCAGAAGUGAAUUAUUUACAGAAUACUAGUUUCUUUACAUGUACAUAGCCACCCCACUUUCGAGAUUUAAAGUAAACUGAUUAGAACAAUUUUUAAUGUAUACUGUACUGUUAGAAAUACAUUUUUAUUCUUUGUUGUUAUUGAUAUUCUUCUGUUUGUUUUUAAAUUUUAAACAGUUCUGCACUGUGUUUAACUUUUUUCCUUAUUCAAAAUUGUAUAAAUGCUGUUCUUCUUCCCAUUGAAUGUAACUGUGUUUAUCAGUUAGUUAGAACAAUUAUAAUUUAAAUGAUAUUUUGAUUAAUCUUAAUGAAAGAAGAUGUAUUUAUAUGUUACACCUAAAUGAAACUGUAUUCUGUGCUUCUUGGAAAUUUCAUUCACUCUUUGCCUUUCUCACAUUGAGAAAGGGUUCUUUUAUAUACAAAACUGUAUUACCUUUUGUAAAAUUAUGGGUGUAUUCAUUUUGUAAUUGUUUCAGUUUUAACUAUAAUACAGUACAUUUUUAUUGCUUAUUAUAAAUUGUUAUUUUG